AUGGCGACGAUGGCAUCUGAAUCUGCACCAAUAUCUCGAGCCCGCCUUUACCUUAUUGAUCCAGGCGCGCUUGGAGACAGCGACGAAGAAGAACCAGUUCUAGCUUCGUGUCAAAUCUCCAUCGAGCGCCUAUUCAAGAAUCUACCGACUCCAACUUCGAACGAUAGAUACCACGACCCAGAACAGGAUCGCCAGUACAAUAGGGCCCUUGGGAUUUUCUUAGAAGAAGAAACUGGCCCCUCUGAGCAUUAUUAUGAGUGUCGCAAACUUAAGUCCAUCGCUACCAAGGUCUUGAAAGGCAAGAACCCCCACGGCUUGCGUGCCGCCUUUAUCGAAGGCCUUAUACCCAUCCUCUUGGAUAUGUCCACAUACGAUGAAACGUCAGCCAAGUCGCGUUAUUUCGCACAUUCCAAAUGGGUGCUGCAAGGAAGAAAGGACGAAGAUGCCUAUGAAUGCGGGGAAGGAUUUUCUACAGAUCUGGACGAUGGCGAUGAUGAAUACCGCUAUCUACCCAAGUCACUCACCACUGAGACAAUUUGCAGAUAUUGCCAACGCGAAGGACGCCUAUUCCUCUGCCGCGACUGCAUACAGGCUAUCGACUUUCACUUGACUAUCCGGACUGGCUACUGCAGUGAAAUCUGCGAAACCCUCGACAAGGAAGAUCACAAGCCCGAAUGUCUUGCACGCCGGCGCUUUGCACGAGGUGCACACCUUAUGAAGUCUCUUCUCAUGGUUAUAGAGACACGCCAGACCAUCCUCUCCUUGGAGAGCACGUGUGAAGAAGAUGACAUGAUAUUCUUGGAAGAGAAGCCUCGCUACUACGAGGCCAUGCGUGGAGACCCAGUCGUCCGCCAAUUCUACAAAGAAGACGAAAUCGAAGAGGAGCACGCCAGGGCAGCUCUGCAGGAUCAGUAUCUUCCGGACUUGCCCUUCUUGGUAUUGAGCCUCCUCACGAACAUUGAACAAUACACUAUCCUAGUCAAGAACGCCUAUCGCCCCAUUGUCCGCGUAAAUUUGGACGGCGAAUUUGAGUCCAGCAUGCUACGACCUCACACGGUCUUUUGCGUCACUCUACAUACCGGGGAGAAGUACGCGGUAGACUACGCCGGAGGUCGGUUCGGCUGGGUCGAGUGCGUGACGAGAUGGGAACAAUUCACCAAGCAUCGUGUGCACCGAGUCAUCAGGACGGGCUUUCCGGCGGCUUGGGAGCGAAACCCGGCGACGAUGGUCCCGGCCUAUCUCCCCGAGAAAAAGAAAGCCUACAUCCACAUCGUAUGCCUGCGCAUGACGAUGUUCGAAGUUCGCAACCAACUGCGCCGAAUCUUUCCGCAGAUACCUUUCGACAACGGCUGUAACGACUCGAUCGACAACGAGGUCUGGGAGGAGAUCGUAUCGCAGUUCAAACAAAUAACUCCGGAAAUGUUCGACGACAAGUUCCUGGUGUCAUACCAGGCCCAGUUGGGGUUCAAAUCCAGAAUGUAUCUUAACGCCAAUUUCGAUGUGUGGGUCGAGCACCACGACAACGAUGUUAACCACCUGAAAGACGUCUGGUUUACCAAGGACCAGGUCCGAUGGGUCGAGGCCAAUGUUGUAGAAGAUGCGGACACCCUGCAUGAGAUAUGGAGUAUCUGGCUUCGUCACCGCGGCGUCCGUUUCAAGGACCCGGUGCCUUCUGCCAUUCAGAUUCAACGUGGUGGCGCCUCAGUUUUCGAGUGAAAGUUUAAGGAGAUGGUCUACUUCAAGGUUGUUGCGUUUCGAUCUCAUGUAUUCGUGGGAGAGAUGGUACAACAAUGCUAGUGUGCCAGUGCUUGGACUCAACUGUUUUCUUGCUUACGCUGUCGCAGCCGUCAGCCUUGAAUC